AUGAGUCAGAGACGAGAUCAUCCCCCGGCUCACUGCCACACACAGCCACCCUCUCGUGGUGAAGCUGCAAGUGGAACAGCGGCCUCUGGAGCACCACCAAACACCCGACAGGAGGAGUGGAACAAGUGGAACCAAAACAGUGGUGAAGCUGCAGGUAAGGUGGUGACUACUGGAGCACCACCAAACACCCGACAGGAGGAGUGGAACAAGUGGAACCAAAACAGUGGCAAAGCAGCAGACGCACCAGUAGUUAAGUCACCAGGUGGACCAAAAGAGUCACCAAGUGGAUCAGUUAACUCACCAAGUGGACCAGUUAACUCACCAAGUGGAUCAGUUAACUCACCAAGUGGACCAGUUAACUCACCAAGUGGACCAGUUAACUCACCAAGUGGACCAGUUAACUCACCAAGUGGACCAGUUAACUCACCAAGUGGACCAGUUAACUCACCAAGUGGACCAGUUAACUCACCAAGUGGACCAGUUAACUCACCAAGUGGACCAGUACAUUGA